AUGAAGCUAAAGAAAGAAACUGUUUUACAUUAUCUGGACUUCGACAGUGUCUACUGUCUUCUGUCUCUGCGUAAUGCCAAAAUACUUGCUGAUUACUUUAAACUCCUGGACGUCCACAACAAAAAUAGAAUGAAUGAUAUUCAAUUCUACCACUUCAUGAACCAUGUGACUGACCUGAAGAAGAAGGAGAUCAUGAUGACCUUUAACAUGUUAGAUUGGAACGCCAGUGGAGAGAUUGGCUUCGAACAGUUCUAUAUGUUGGUUUGCAUCCUGCUCUGCAGCGAGUACAAUGUGGAAAAAAACUUCAUCUCCCGCCACUCCAGACCGGUGUUUGAGUUGUUGGACAUGGAUGGAGGUCGCUCCAUCAGCCCCGCUGAGUUCCAGGCCUCUGGUUUCCUGUUUAACCUGAAGGGGCACGCCCUCAGUAAGAUCUUCUACGAGUUUGAUGUCUCUGGAGAUGAGUACUUGAACUACAAAGAGUUCAAAAUGUUUGCCAUGGCCUGUAUCGACAUGCAGGAGGAGACGCAGAAGCAGAGGAAGUGGCAGUUGAGGAGAGCCAGCAGCCAACCACCUAGACGGGAACGUGGUGUGAGCAAUGCUGGGAUCACAAACACGCCUCCGGAAUCACACACACAGCUGAGAAACGACCGUCGCAGCAGUCACAUGACACAGGCAGCGGUCUCACACUCCUCUCACAGAGACCGCUGGCAUCAGACUGACUGAGAGAGUGGGAGAGAUAGAGGUGAAGGAAGGCCGAG